GUACUGUUGCUAGCUAGCUGGCUAGCAAACUGUCUUGACGGACGCGACCGGGUUUCAGAGAAAGUAACAGUAAGCUUCUCUCUCUUCCUUUCAAUCCUCUCCUUCUUAACAUCUUUCCUUGUCCACAUUAUUCCCCAGGUUAUCAACCGUCCCCCUGUCCUAACCCUUUACGGUGGCCUACAUCCCUCUUCUCCCAAGUCAUGGACUUCCCGGGCCACUUCGACCAGAUCUUCCAGCAGCUCAACUACCAGCGCGUGCAUGGCCAACUGUGUGACUGUGUCAUCGUGGUGGGCAGCCGCCAUUUCAAGGCCCACCGCUCUGUGUUGGCAGCAUGCAGUACCCACUUCAGGGCCCUGUUCACCGUCGCUGAGGGAGACGCCAGCAUGAACAUGAUCCAGCUGGAUAGCGAGGUGGUGACGGCAGAGGCUUUUGCUGCCUUGGUGGACAUGAUGUACACCUCCACUCUGAUGCUAGGUGAGAGUAACGUCAUGGAUAUCCUUUUGGCCGCCUCCCACCUGCACCUCAAUGGUGUGGUCAAGGCCUGCAAGCACUACCUGACCACCCGCACCCUUCCCAUGUCCCCUCCGGCCUCCUCUGACAGGCCGUCCCACCACCACCAACUCCAGACAGACCAGCAGAGGCACAGGCAGCAGCAGGUAGCAGAGUUAGCAGCUAAUGCUAACCAAAAUGGAAAUUCCAACCAGGCGGCUAACGCUGCUAGUUUAGCGGCUAAUGCAGCUAAGUCCAGACUCCAGCGCUCGUUCCUCCUGCAGCAGCUGGGACUGAGCCUGGUGAGCUCAGCCUUGGGUGGCAUGGAAGAGGAUGGGGUCGGGAAUGGGGUGGGAGGUGGUGCGGUUGAGCAGAGGGCUUCCUUUCCCAUUCGCCGCUUUCACAAGCGGAAGCCUUCCUUGGGCCUAUCAGAAGAAAGGCCCAGGCAAAGGCCACGCCCCUCAGUGGAGGGAGGGGUGAGUGGCGAAGGAGAAGAGGCUGGGAUUCUCUCUCCUGAUUCCCACAAGAUGGGGGAAGAGUCCAACCUGGAUGUGACGAUCACCGGCCUUGUAGGAGGUGUGUCCCAAGAUGACCAACAGAUGCCAAGCCAAUCGGAUGGAGGCCACUGCAAUGGCGAGGUGCCUAGACUGCUGCAGGGAGGGGUGGGGAAAGAGGAGUACGUGGAUGGAGGGAAUGGGCCGAUGAAGGUGAAAGAAGGGACAGAGGAGGAGGACGAGGAAGACGGCCGACCGAAGGUGGUGGUGAAGCAGGAGCCCCUGAGCUCCCCGGAGCCAGUGGAUGAGACCAGCGAUGUGACCUCUCAGGCGGAGGGCAGUGGCCUCAGCAACCAACCAGAGUCCAGGAGGCGGGGCGAGGAGAAGGUGGAAGAGGAGCUGAGCCCAGAAAGCAGCGACCGCAGCUUCACCUCCACCUCUGACGCCCAGCCCAGCUCUGUCCUGCUGCAGCCAAGAGAGCAGCAGCUGCUGAAGGCCAGCCUGGGCAGGGGUAGUGGGGGUGGAGGUGGGGGGGUGUUUGGGUGUGGUGAUGGGUUGGAUGGGAAGUCUGGCUUUAGCAUCACUAGCUUCCUCAGUGCCAAGGUGUUCGGAGGGGUAGGGGCUGGGCUGGUUGCAGGGGAUGAUGACCUCCCAAACACAACGACGACCAGCGACAGUGCUGCGCGUCACUUCCUGCUCGGCCCAGAAGCCACCGGGAACUCUGGCUCCGCCUCUUCCUCUCUGCUCCGGCCCUCGUCCAGUAGUCACUUACUUGGAGGCGAAAGUUGCAGGUCCUUCACAGAUGCUGAGUCGCUCUUUCUUCGCCCCCUCCAUGAUGGGCGUGUCAGCCCCAUUGGUGGGGCCGGGGCUGUAGACCCCUUCGCUUUGGACUACCAGCGCUCCAGUCUGGGGCUCCACUCGCUGGUCCGAGCCAGCAGAGGGAGUGCUGGCGCUGCUGCGGCCUCACUCGGUUUCCCUGGCUACCGACGCAUUGCUCCCAAGAUGUCCGCCGGCCUGGGAGGAGAUGGAAGCAUGGGUGGAGGACCAAUAGGCUCUCUCAUCCAAGACGCCUCCUCCACCUCCUCCUCCCUGGGGGGUCCCCUGCUACGCAACGGGACGGGGAUCUACGAGGCGGGAAGCGCCCCCCCUAACAGCUCCCACCCUCCCCAGCUGACGAGGGCCUCGGCAGACGUCCUGUCCAAGUGUAAGAAGGCGCUGUCGGAGCACAACGUCCUGGUCGUGGAGGGGGCCAGGAAGUACGCCUGUAAGAUCUGCUGCAAGACCUUCCUGACGCUGACAGACUGCAAGAAGCACAUCCGCGUCCACACGGGGGAGAAGCCCUAUGCCUGCCUUAAGUGUGGCAAGCGCUUUAGCCAGUCCUCCCACCUCUACAAACACUCCAAGACCACCUGCCUCAGGUGGCAGAACAGCAACAUGCCUGGCGGCAUGCUGUGAGGCCCUCUGCCUGGGGAGGACCCUGCUGUGUAGCGCUGCUGUAGCCCGGAAGCAUACUGUCUGCUUUGGUUUGUGUUGAUCCUCUUCAGGGUGAGGGAGAUUGUCUUAGGGGUAAAAGGUGGAGAGAUCAACAAUAAGGACAUCCACAACAUUGCCACCUUUCCCUAAACAUACAAUGGUUGCUUAGACUGUUAGUCCCCAGUCUUAGUUUUAUUGUCAGAAAUUCCUCUGCAGAAUAUCAAUGUUGUCUAAUUGAGUGUUACUGAGUAUACUUUAAUACUGACAGACUUUCUUGUUGAAGCCUAAUUCAAUUAACAUUCUUCAAGAAACUCACAACAGGGUGCUGAAUCCCCUCUGUCCUAUCAUCAAUUAAGUUCAAAGGAGGGUUUUUGGAUGUUUGAAGUUGCUUUUAGUCUGAGCACCUUUGACUUGAAAAUCAACACUGAUGAAGGCCAUCUUCUUGAAGGAAGAUGUUGCAGUGUGUUGGCCUUUUGUUUCUCUGUUUGAGAAUCGUUUUUUAAUUUGCACCUGGCCUGUGUGUGUGAGUGUAUUGAAACGCACAGCGUUUGUCCUAGUCUAUAGCCUUAUGAAGGAAUAUUCUGUAAGCUGAGAACAUUAUAAAUGUAAAUAUUGCACAUAAAAUGGCUUUAAUCACUUGCCAUUACAAAGAGAAUUAAGCAAAGAAUCUCAAAUUAAUUUGUUGUUGUGUAACAGUUUGGUAAAGCAUUUGCAUAUCGAAUCGCAUUUUUUGUACAUCUAAUGCUUGCUGUACUGUAACAUAGGUAAAACUAGACAAAUCCUUUGCAAUGCGUGGAAAACGUUAUGAAACUUUCCGGGAAGUUAAAGGCAGGAUAGGAAAGUUUUGUGAACCUAGCGAUUGCAAAUGUCCCCACUGUGGGACUAAUAAAGGAUUAUCUUAUCUUAAUUUUUGAUUGAGUUUGAAAGGAUUCAAACCAAAAUAUCCCACCCCUCCCUUAAAAGCCACUCCUCCAGAACACAUGAACAUGCUGCCUGACUACUGCCAUGAGGUUGGUAGACAAACAGACAACUAGUCCAUCCAGUCAUUGCAUUCGGUUCAAAUUCCGUCCAAUCAUUAGUGCCGGUUCAACCUUUAUAAUAGCUAUUAGUCCUGCGAUGCCCACAGAUAUCAGAUUGAUUUCAUUUUACUGUCAAAGCUUGAGAUGAAUUGGUUGC